AUGCGUGGAAGCAGUGUUGUGUCGUUGCUUUGCCCUGUGGACGAUGGAUAUACGUGGACUGGUGGUGUUUUUUUCUCUGCUUGUACGGUUUUUGCGUCCGUUGCGGACAUGUGUGGGAGUUGGGACAAAAUGGUUUAUUGGCGCGACCCGGUGACUGACUCCCCGCUGUCUCCAGUGGGGCGCCUCUGUCGCAACGACGUUCCCCACUGCGGUCAACACGCGUCGUGGAAUGUCAUGUGGUUUGCCCACCGCUUCUGCUCGAGGCGGUUUGCCGCGUCUCUCGUUGAAGAAUACGCGAACAAUAAAGAGCGCGACUGCGUGGUCCGUCAUGGCGGUGGGGAAUGCUUCACUCUUGUGCUACGCCAUGGGCAUUUGCCCCACAUGCCAUCGCAGGAGGAGGUAUCGUGUGGUAUGAGGAGUGCGCCUCUGGCAAUGCUGGGCCGAACCGAUAACCUCCUCGAGGAGGUGCCGGUUGUGCUGGUGCACCGCCAGCCAGGAGGAACGUGGGCGAUUGAGUUGCCACUGUCGCAUGGGAUUUUUUUUUGUACCUUUCGCAUUCCCAACCCGGUUGUGUUAUCGACGUUUUACCGGUGA